AUGCAAACUCCGCAGAAGCUGGGGGCUCAGCCGUGGACCCUACAUUGCAGCUGUGCAACCCUGCUUACUGCAGGACAUGCUCUCGUCGGCUCGCAUUCCCAGACGAUGUUUCAGGGCAGAACGGAUGCUGUCGGACGGGAGAUCCUGUUUGCGGCUGAGCUGACGCCAAAUUUGGGCGCCCCGCUGGUCGCUCCUGCCAGUCUUAGCUACGGAAUCCGAACUUACCCAGCAGAUGUGAUUUAUCAUCACUACGGCCGGCAACUCAAAGUUCCAUCUGACGCCGACACCACGAGCUAUAGUCCCAAGCGCCACAAGCCUGUACUCCCUAGACAUCCGCAGCUGCAUGCGGAACUUAGUCGGGUGAUCUAUUUUGAAUGCCGGACGGUAAACAUCAUUGCCCGGUUACUGGUAGUUAUGAUCACCCAGGUUGCGCCGUCGUGGGAGCACUCAAUCACCAAUAUCGUUUCACUCGGAUCCAUCUUGCGGCUGCAGUCCGCCGAUGACUACAGGAACGCCAUACAAACGCAGGAUCAAGAAGGAAACAGUCCCCAGCUGUGGAUCGAAAGCUCGCCAGACAGUAUCGGAAGUCCUGCCUGGAAGGAUUGCACUAAGCAAAGGAUGUCGUUUCAGAGGUUGAGAGGUUCGAAGAAAGCAGGCACUGUACUGCACGCAGUGCCAGAAACGAAAGGAAGUGACUCGGCUCUCCUCGCUGACAAGCGAGACAUGUCUACGUCAACUCACCAGGCCAAGAGCUGCAAGUCAGCGUCAAGCAGCCCAGGCUUAUCGUCCAUAUCAGAAAAUGGAGCUUCCCAAGGAUGGCUUCAACACACCAUCAACUCUUCUUCAAAGCAUGACAGCACUCUGAAAACAGCUUCGAGUAUCGCUUCGAUCAAGGGUGUUAUCGGUACCUACAAACACGGGAGGAUCCAGUGGCGCCUCAAAGAGAAACACGGCCUUAGCGCAGUCAAGAGCUUGAAGCCAAAGAUACAUGUAGUAAUCCCUGGCGGAGCACAAGAUCGAGCUCAACCAACAGUUCCGAAUUCUGCACACCCUAGCAACGCGCAAGUUCGGUCCGCUUCCGCUGAGUUUGAGGAGGCGUAUGACAUGUCUCCACCAACAGGAACGGGCAAAGUCAUGAUGCGCGACUUCAUUGUAUCUCCUCUCCACCACCCGCCUGCGGUGGCAUUCGGACAGCUUCAACUGUCAACACCUACCACGACAGCAAACCCUAAAACUCAACAGCACGGUAAACACGUCUCAACCUCAACUACGUCGUCAGUCAGCUCCCAAGAAAGCGAUGCGUUCUCCCUGCGCAGCAACCAUUCUUCGGAAACCAGUGUUGAGGAGGACAACGUACGCAUGGCUUCCAAGGCUAUGGACGGGUGCCCGAUAAUUGGCGCUGACUUCGGCCCACCUCCUGCGAUACCUCCACGACGCUAUGCACCAUGCCCAGCGAAACAAGAUGCCAAGUUUCAGCUCACCUGCACGAUUCGACCUGCCCGCCAUGCUGCAACUGGCAACACCAGCGGCAUCGCCCGCCGACCGACUGUUCACCGUAAGACUUCCAGCUCGAGCUCGAGCAGUCACCGAAGAAGCCUUGAUUUCAACCCAGGCAUGGGCGCCAUCGAUCAAGCGAUAAGCCGAUCUGAGUCAAAGAAGUCGAGCAAUGGUCGGAACACAAGCCCAACGCUAAGCGAAGCGGAGACUGAGCUCGAGAGAUCGUUGACCUCAGUGACUGAGGACACUUUCCUGGGGCGACUUACGGAUAACGACAAAGCUCCCCUGACUCCUCAGCUGCCGAAGGAGCACGAUACCCAUCCCUGGAGGAAACACAUGACAAGGCCUUCAGCAGAGCCUGCUCCCUUACUACCGAGGAAAUCUAGCAAACGGCAGUCGGUCAUCAAUGCAGAGCUAUUCAGGUUAUCUCGAGUACCGAACGAUCAUAUUGUGUCGCAGAUCACAAGGGGACGGUCGUUGAGGAGGGAGCAGGGGUUGUCAGUUGAGAUCCCCUCCACCAGCCAUAGGUCGACCGAGGAGCUCGUAGCAUCGCCGAUCCCGACCCUCGCCAGAGUACAGCCGCGUGUUAUCUCAUCCAGCGAUGCCGAGAAAGUUCUGCACAAGAUCCUGCAGAGCGUGGACCAGUUUGAAGAUUUGUUUGCUUUAGCUCAAGUCAACAGCGGAUUCUUCCGAGUCUUCAAGCGCAACGAACUCGGCCUCAUCAAAUCCGUCCUUCUGAAAACCUCGCCUGCUGCGUGGGAAUUCAGGGAGAUCGCGUUUCCAGGACACGACCUUCUUCACGAUGAGGAUCUCGAGAUGACGAGACCAUUCGAGGAGUACACACCUACGAGCUACUUGCAUCUUCAAAAAAAGGACAUGGACAUUCUGCGCCACAUCAAGCUCGAGAUUUAUGAGCAGUGUCAAUCCUUCGUGCGACCUGAGAUCUCGGUCGCGCUGGUCGACGAGUCAGCACCCAGCGCUGCAAGAGUGAACGACGCGCUUUGGCGCAUCUGGACUUUCUGUAAGAUCUUUGGAUCUGGCAAGGGGCGCGAGGACGAUGUGGUCGCUCAGCAAGACUGGCUUCGAGGAGGCGUGCAAGCGCAUCAACCAGCGUGCACUUUCAGCGUUACGAGCACAGAUUUUAUGAACGAUACCCUGAUAGGUGCGCCGGACUGCUUUGCAAAAGGCAACAAGGGCGGUCUGUCAGCCGAGCAACUUUUCGAUAUGAUGGAACUAUGGAACUGUCUUGGUGUUCUUCUGCAGGGUUUCCAGAGUCGCACCGCUGACGCUCGCAAAUUCGGUAUUUACGACGAUACAGAUAUUCGAGGGGGCGACAUCGAUGGCGAGGAGUUGAUACUGGACGAGUGGUGUCACCACCUUCUUAGCUUCGGUCUCGCCACCGUACUGGUACUUGCCCACCCUUGCCGCGAGAACGGCGGAGUUGCCUUUACACUGGCUGAUGCUAGGGGGCUGACCAAGUGGAAACCUCCGGUGCAUGGCAGUAGCAAGAGGGGCUUCUUGAAAGAGGCAACUUCUCGCGUCUACGAAGACAAGCUUGCGCACGUCUAUGCUGAAAGCUCAACGCGUGAGCUUCAACGCCAGAUGUCAAAAGAACGCAUUCAGAAGCACAUCCACGACCUCAAGCACAAGAGGAACAACGGCGAACAACUCCGGGUGAUCCGCCAGAGCCAAGACCGACCUAUGAGCGAAUGGGAGAACGUGAUGAGUAGUCUCACUCGGGUAUAUCCACCAUUGCCGGACAACAAUCUGACCUCACAUAUUCCGUCGUUCAGACCUACCUCUGCAAUUGCGCAGGAGAUUGCGCAUGAUAUGUCGGUCCACAACGCUGAGCUCCCCACAGCAUCUACUACAGCACGAGCGUUACUGCCCCCUCUAAUCACGCACUCUCCAUCACGACGGACCAUAGCUCAACCUCUUCUCCCGACUCCUGCCUCAUCCACGGUAUCUGCGUCGCCAAGGCGAAUAGUAGCACAAACCCUCCUCCCCACACCUUCCGUAUCUGCGGUAUCUGCCUCACCACGACGGACAGUAGCGCAGCCUCUUCUGCCCACACCAUCUGGAUCCACAUGGUCCGGCACGUUCGACCGAAGAAGCAUCGCAAGUGCCAUGCCAUCCAUCAACGAGCACUCGAUUCCCCUUACGCAAUCACCCACCCAACUCCCAUACCCAGAUCACCCAGCGUUCCGCUCCCAGCGCCCGCAUGCCAGGAAAGAAGCCGAUGUUAGUCUCAGCUCGCGCAGCUCAAGUGACAGCGGACGCAGCGACCGCAGUGGUGGCCCAGCCGGUCCCCAUCACCCGGUGUUCCAGCAGCAUCCGGCCCAAGCGGACAUCUUCGAUAGUCCAGCGCAUGAGAAUACGGCUGAGAAGGCGAUCUAUCGCAUCGUGGAGAUGGGGUUCACUGCUGAUGAGGCGAGAGAGGCGUUGAGGAAGACUGAUUUGGGGGACGGGUUGAGGGUCGAUCGCGCUGUCGAGAUGUUGUUGAGUCGGCACAUGUGA